AUGGACUAUCUACGAAAAUCUAGAUCAUCGCGAUCCAUGCGCAGAAGUCACCACAGCUCCCAAUCCACCGAGCCUCUGGACCCCAUCAUCGCUAAACAGCACGCCACGGCAGCCGCCUCGCGAGCCAUGUUAGGAUCCAGGUGCUCCUACGAUGCCUUGGGUGGCCCCGGCAAUAUGGCCGUGCCCCCGAGGAGGCAUCGCCCAUCAGGAUCGCUGCAGACAUCAUCUACCGGCGCAUCCGUGGAUUACAGAUCUUCUCGCCGAUCCACCACUGCCGAGAACACGGAUACCCAGAACGUCGAUCGCACCCCAUCGACCGCCCUGCCUUCCAUCAGCGAAUUCCGCGGGCUUGACGCCGGCGAUCCCGCCCUGAACUCGUCCUAUCGACGACUCCGUAAAACGCGAUCGAUGUUUUCGACCGGACCUCGUCCCUCGCGUCUGUCGUAUGGAUCGCCCGCUUCUGAGUCCUGUAGGAAUCACCUUGCAGAAGCAGUGCACUCUCGGGAUAGCUCACGCGGGUAUGGCACGUUGCGGCGUUCCAUGUCGUUUUUCAGAGGGGACAGCCAGGCUCUUCGGCAUGCGAAGAGUCACGAUGCGGCGAUUGAACUGGCUCGCGAUCAGUACCAACAGUCCGCGUCGGCGAAUCGGCCUAGGAAAUCGUCACUGUCCGUCCCGAAGUCCAGACGAGAGCAUAGACCGUUUAGAAAGACACUGCGGACGACAACGUUAGUGUCGGAUGCGGCGACUACUCCGUUGGUACAGCAGUCUGUCAAUACUUCUUCUUAUGGGAAGACAAGGUCCCUUUCCUCGUCCAUUAAGAAGGGGCUUAAAAGGGUACUUGGGUUCUCGAGGGCUUCGGCCAAUGUUCAAGCGGAAGUAUCGCCUUCCUGUGUCCGACAGAGCCAGGACAUGUCGUCUGAAGCACAGCCCGAUUCUUUGAACCACGUGUUUCGGAGAUCAGGAAGCUCUGAAAGCUUUGCUACGAGCCACUCUCGUGUGACGAGCUGGGCGGACUCAACAAUAGCAAACACCAUCGUCACACACAAGGCAGGUGACUGCAGUUCCCUGUCUAUAAUCGAUGAACGAGGGCACUCGAGCCAGAACCUCCCCAAGCCUGAACCGUGUGAUAGAUCGGGAAAUUGCGUCCCUGCGUGGAGCCCUCCUAGACCUAACGGCAUGGUCGACAGCCAGCGUCUAUACUCCGCGCUGAUGAGGCGGAUUGAUGGAAGCAAGACACAAGGUGAGGGCGAGGAAGUCGUGCUCGGCCAUGUCAAGGAACAUCGUGCCGUCCCAACACCGGCUUCUUCUGUGUACGCGCGGCGUAGCAGGCAGACGGUUCGUCUGAUCUCCAGCAAUGAGACGAUGCAGUCCCCAGGUUCUUUCAUGACAGCUAACGCCGGUAUGACCCCCCAAUUGCAGGGACAAGGUCCGGGUCCGCAAAUGCAUAGACCGCAGCAUGUGCGGGAUAGUGACGAUCGCAAUCCCUAUUCCACUUGCGGGGAUCUUUCGUCCUUCGGGGUUAGAGGGGCCGAUAAAGACAAAAGCGCCAUGGGAAGACCGCAUACCCCGAAUGAGUUUGAUUCGCCGAGUGUCUAUUCUCGCACGACCAGUGGGAACUCACCCAACAUGGAUCAGAAGGCGGCUGCGUCUUCUGAUGGGGAAGAGGAACCGGGGAUGGCCACGAUUUUUGAAAGCGAAAGGACAGCCUAUAGCUCUCCAAAACGCAAUGCCCCUGAUGCUAAGCGUCCCAGUGCGGACUGGCAACAAUGGAUGCAUACUCAGAUGGCGAGAAUCGAGAAUAUUGCCCCAAGACGUCACUAUCGCGAAGAGGCGCAGAUUGAAGACGAGGGGGCCGAUUUCACUUAUCGAACCCCAGCUCAAAACCCAGCUCCUCGACAGAGCCUUGAGGAUGAUAUGUGGACCAGCUGCAAAGUGACCGCAACUAGCAAUUUCUCCCGUCCGUUCAGUCGGUCGUCAAGUCUACGUACCACGGUAACGGCCAAGGAGCAGCCGGUUCCUCCGCCCCCAGCCCCGGUCCCAACGCCCCCAAAGGUAUCAGGCAGCUCCAGCGGACAAAGCCUCUUCAUAAAUCAGUGUGAGACAGGAUCAAACAGCCUUGCGUUGUCGCCAAUGCAGGUGGCACUGAACAACAGGCCCCGCGCGCCUGAGUCCCCGACCCCCAGAAGAGAUGCAACUGAUAAGCCCCAGUGGCAAAGUGCGAGCAAACGGUACGGACAGUAUCGUCCCAAAUGGUCCCCCGGGACCCAGGAUGUGAAACCCUUCCAAGGCCGAUCUUCGCGUUCGCAUCGCGAUCAUCGAAGACUCACGAAUGAAAACAUGAGAGCUGAGAAUGUCUACGGUGGUGUCCCAAGCCCAGACACCCAGCUGCAGAAUACCUACUCCCCCAUGUCGAGUAAGCGCAUGGUCGAGAUGUUCCUCGAAAGCCGCCGCCGUCGAAUGGGGACGGACAUGUCGGAUGAGGCGCCUUCUGAGGUUGCGUUCGUCUAG